AUGGAACUGACCUACCCUGAUAUCGUGCGUCGGCUUUACGACCUCGAACGUCUUGCCGAGCCACCGGAGGCGGAGGAGCGCGGCGGGUGCAUGUCAAGCUAUGAUCGAGCUUCUCGGUACGAUCCGGAAACAGACACCUACAUUGACUGGGAUGCCAACGACGAUGGGCGAGGCAUUAUCCGUGAGGAAGGGGAGUGGGUAGUUGCCUUCGAGCAAGAUGGCCCAGGCGUUAUCUGGCGGACGUGGUCGGCAAUGCCUGAUGUCGGUCGCAUCCAGGUCUUCAUCGACGACAAGGAUGACGACAAGCCCGUGAUUGACAUGCCUUUCCGGGACUUUUUCGAUCGGUUUCAAGGCAUGCCGCUCAACUUCCCGUCCAUCGCACCCACGUUGUCUCGCGGUCGCAACAGCUUCAUCCCCAUUCCGUACAACAACUACGCGAAAGUCCGCCUCGGGCCCGGCUGGGGUUCUUAUUAUCACUUCACAUAUACCGGAUUCCCCAAGGAUACUAAGCUGCCUCGCUUUAAUGGGAAUUUCGACCGGGAAGCAUGUCUGGCUCUCGCCGCUGCUGACCGCGAGCUUGGCCGACGCGGAUGGUCUGCGCUCCCAAGGAGCAAGGACGACACCUUGGAGACACUCACCGUCACCAUACCACCAGGAAAGACGCAGGCCGUACGGGAGAUUAUCGGAAACAGAGCCAUCACUGGCAUGCGCGUUGUCCCGUUAGGACUACCAGACUCUGCUCAGGACACAGCUCAAAUACUGCGAGAGCUUGUGUUCGAGAUUACGUGGGAUAACGACAAGUCCCCAAGCGUCUGGGCUCCCCUCGGAGACUUUUUCGGCAGUGUUCCUGGUCUUCAGACCUACAGAUCUCUGACACAGGGAUCGACAGAUGGCGGAGGCUUCUACAGUCAUUGGUUCAUGCCAUUCUCCGACCGCGCCUUGAUGAAGGUCACAAACGAUGGGAAGAAGGAGGCCAAGCUCUUUCUCACCAUCUGUCAUCGUCCGUUGGAGAUAUCGGCGAAGGACAUGUUGCGUUUCCACGCCAAGUGGCACCGAGAUGUUUUCCUUGAGCGACCCAUCAGCCAAGGGCGGGACAUCGACUGGCCCAUCUUGAUACUGGAUGACGGACCGGGCCGUUUCUGCGGUGUCCAGAUGCACGUCUGGAAUCACUGGCAAGAGCCGAAGGUACCGGCAAAAGACUGGUGGUAUGGAGUUGGAGGCGAGAAGUCAAUCGAUUGGUGGUGGGGAGAAGGUGACGAGAAGUUCUUCGUCGACGGAGAAAAGUUUCCGUCUACCUUUGGAACGGGCUCCGAAGAUUAUGUCGGCUACGCAUGGGCGGCAGAGCCCCCAUUUCCAACGUUCGACAGCGCCUACGCUUGCCAGCCGUUCGUUGAACUCGACGCCAAUGGCCAUACCUCAGUUUGCCGGUUCCAUGUGUGUGACAACGUGCCCUUCCACAAGAGCUUUGAGGCAUACAUCGAGAAAUACAAGCCGAACAAUUGGGGGCCAGGUAAUGAGUGCCUGUACGCCGUGGUUGCUUACUGGUAUCAAAGGGCUGGAGGUUCGGAUGCCUACGAAAGAGUGCCGAUGAAAGACCGAUACGUCGAUCACUCAGUCCAAUCCGAUCCACAGAAUAAGGAGAUUGGCGGUAAAGACGAGCUGUGA